ACUAAUAAAUUAAAUGGAAAAAAAUACGUAGGAAGUUCUGUUGAUUUAAGACGUAGAUUAAUGGAAUAUUAUAACGCAAAUAGACUAAUGAAAUAUAAUAAUAUGCCAAUUAAUUCAGCAUUAUUAAAACACGGUUAUCAAAGCUUCACCCUUACUAUUUUAGAAUUCUGUGACAAAAAUAGUAUUAUGUCAAAAGAAAAAUAUUAUUUUGAAAUACAUGAACCAGAAUAUAAUAUUUUGAAAACACCUGGAAGCCCUUCACGUGGAUCAGCCACUAUCGAAAAUAUGCGUGCAGCUGCAUCUCAAAGAUCACCUGAAACUUUAGCUAAAUUAUCUGAGGCUCAAUCCAAAAAUAUUAAAGUUGAGGUUACUGACUUAGAAACAAAUACUACUACUUCUUAUCAUUCAGUAAGAGCGACUGCUCGUGCUUUAGGAAUAGAUAGAAGAUAUAUUUUACAUUAUGUUUAUUUAAACCAAGAUAACCCAGUUUUAAAUAGAUAUACAUUCAAAUUACUGAAUGAUAAUAAUGAAAAUUCUGAUUCAGUAAACAAACAGAUAGUUCAAAAAACAUCUAAAAGAGUUGAGGUUACAAAUGUCGUAACUAAUGAGGUGACAGUCUAUCCAACGAUAGGAGCUACUGCUAGAGCAUUAGGUUAUCGUCAACCUAGUAUUUCUUUAUAUUUAAAAGAAAAUAGAACAAAUCCUUUUAAAGGUGUACACAAAUUUAAAUUAAUUUAG